AUGAGGCAGAAACGGGCCAAGGCCUAUAAGAAGCUCAUGGCGACCUACGAGCGCACUUUUGCAUUUCGACAACCAUAUCAGGUACUCUACACUGCAGAUUUUAUCGAAGCUUGCCAGCAGCUGCAUCUCGAGGCGCAGGCCGGUGUCGCUCGUAUCUUGCAAGCGGAUAAGCAUGCUCAAGGCGGUAUCAAGACCAUGAUCUCGCAAUGCUGCAUCAAGGAGCUCUACGACAAAAAGGCGAACGACAGCAUUGGUGUGGCCAAGGAGAUGGAACGCAGACGCUGUGGGCAUGUUGAGAAACCAGAGCUACCGGCUGACUGUGUGUGUGAGUGCGUGGGAGCCAACAACAAGCAUCGAUACAUUGUUUGUACGCAGGAUGCCACUCUGCGGCAAAAGUUACGUCUGGUGCCUGGCGUACCACUCGUGUACAUCAAUCGCAGUGUCUUGAUCCUCGAACCACCCAGUCCAGCGACAUUGACGAGGAAAGCAGAGAAGGAGACUGGCAGACUGGGACUGAGUGUUGAAGAAGCUCAAAUUCUCGGCAAGCGCAAGCGUGUUGCUAAUCCAACGGCUGUGGGUUCUUCGGUGACAGCACCAGCAGCAGCAGAAGAUACUCCUGACGACAAGGAAGAGUCGACGGGGGCAGAGCAACAAGAAGUGCAGGCACAACAACCUAAGAAACGGGCACGAGGUCCAAAGGGGCCCAACCCGCUGUCUGUCAAGAAGCCAAAAUCUAUACUGAAAACGCGAAAGCAAUAG